UCUGGACCCGAGACACGUCAGCAAAAACACCACAGUCAGAUACGUGAGGAUUUCCUCACCCGAUCCUGAUCUGCUGAACUAAAUUGUCCCGUCUCUCCACCGGUCUCAUUUAUGAUUAUGAAAUAAGAAAACUUCGAGUGUUCAUCGCAAGGAAGUUUGGAGAAGAGCAGGUAGCGACCGGCCAAGGUAAUGGCUAAUUCCGCCACCAAUUCGGAGCUCAAGUCCGAUGCUAUUAUGGAGCAGAUGAAACAACAUCUGUCCACCGACGCCGGCAAACAGCUUAUCAGCAAGAUUGGCCUUGUCUAUCAGAUUCAGAUUGGCCCCAAGAAACUUGGAGUCGAUGAGGUCAUCUACACUGUUGAUCUCAAGAAAGGGGAGGUCAAAAGAGGGCCAUACGAAGGAGGGAAGCCUGAUGCAACAUUUUCAUUUAAGGAUGAGGAUUUUGUGAAAGUUGCAUUGGGGAAAAUGAAUCCACAGAUGGCUUUUAUGAGGGGUGCAAUGAAGAUUAAGGGAAGUUUGAGUGCUGCCCAGAAAUUCACGCCAGAUAUCUUCCCAAAGCCUUCCAAGAUGUGAGAAAAGAUGCCACUGACUCCGUGUACCGGAUUUCUACAUUAUCCUCCAGCACCAAUCAAAGAUAGUAGAUAGCUUAUAAGCUAAAUAUAUGCAUUCAUAGGACAAUGGAUGGCUCAUAAAUGUAUUUCUGUUCUUAAGUAUGUUGAGGUUAUCAUUUGCAAAUUUGCCCAAAGCUUUAAGUAGUAAAAUUUCUGUUAAUAUGAGAUCUUAAAUAUUAAGAUUGGAUUGUAAUUUUUUGGUGCUA